AUGAAGUUCUCCAGUACAACUGUCGCCGUCGCUGCUGCCCUCGGCGUUGCUGCCCAUCCCGGCGGUCUCGCUCACAAGAACCUUCACCGCCAAGUUGAAAAGCGUACCGACUUCUUCAUGAAUACGAGGCCUCUGGCUGAACCGCCCGUGCCCAAUCCGCCUCCUCCUCCGCCUCCUCCUGCCACCACCAGCGUCGCCAAACCUACCCCUACGAACCCCUCUGGGUCUGCUGGCAAGAAGAAGCCGGAGUUCUGUAGCGGACCCUCCAAGCGUGCUUCCGCCGCCAGCAUUGCUUACAAGGGCAAUGUAGGUACAUCUGGCAACUACGGCUGCAAUAUGAUGGCCGUCGAUGACACCGAUGGCUUUAAUCACACCCUUGCUUUGUACAACAACUCAGACGAAGACAUGAAGUGCACUCUCUGGAACAAGAUUGGACCGACUGGUGGGAUCAAUGGCUUUUUCAAGGGCAACCAGGCCCUCGAAGUGGACCUCCCUGCCCGCGGCAAGAAGAAUGUGGCCUUCCAGCCUGACACCCAGGGCGGUGCCGCUUGUGGGAAAGGUGAGGUCCCUUACAACAACAUAGGCCUUACUACUGGACUCUGGGUCGAAUAUGACUACGGCAGCGCGCCAAAUGGUGAUUGGAAUGGCGCCGAUGCAUCUGGUCUGACUGCUGCCGACAGCGGCCAAAAGCCAGGGACUUCCCUAAUCGUAUAUCGCGUUGAUAACGGUACCGUCCCUGAUGUUGUUGAUGUCAAUGACAUCAUUGGUCGUGGUUAUCCUUACUCUUUGAUUAAUGCAGACGGUAGUGGAACAAAUGCCUACACCAAGGGUACGAACGACCUUGACGGAGUUGGCAUUAAAGGUCCUGGUACCUUUCACAUCAGAGCAGUUUACAGUUGA